AUGUGAUUAGGAAAAAAAAUUGUUUUGACUACAAUCAUUGAUGAAAUAGUGAAUAGUGAGUCAUUUACGACAAUAAAAUCUGCGUUUUUCAUAAUUCAUUGAAAUCAAGUUGUUGUACAAAAGCUUUGCUGUGAUUAUAAAAGGCAAUUUGCCUGUGUUUCUUUUUGUAAAAAGUUUUUAUAAAGCCGUCAAACUGGGGAACGAAAUGUCUUCAUCCGCAAUGGAAAAAAACCUAUUUAAUUUAAAAUUUGCUGUGAAAGAGCUGGAACGAAAUUCUAAAAAAUGUGAAAAAGAAGAGAAAUUGGAAAAGGAGAAAGCCAAGAAGGCAAUACAGAAGAAUAACAUGGAGGGCGCAAGGAUACACGCCGAGAACGCAAUCAGACAGAAGAACCAAGCGUUAAAUUAUUUACGGAUGUCAGCUAGAGUAGAUGCAGUGUCCAGUAGAGUGCAGACUGCUCUUACUACAAAAAAGGUCACAAAUUCCAUGGCUGGUGUGGUCAAAGCUAUGGAUGCAGCAAUGAAGUCUAUGAACUUAGAAAAAAUUUCAAAUCUCAUGGACAAGUUUGAGAGUCAAUUUGAAGACCUGGAUGUCCAGUCCUCGUACAUGGAGAAUGCAAUGUCACAAACCACCACCACCACCGUCCCACAAGGAGAUGUCGAUACCUUGCUGCAGCAAGUGGCUGAUGAGGCUGGCUUGGAGCUAAACAUGGAGCUACCAUCCGGAGUGCCCAGUACAUCCGUGGGAGCAUCCACCGUGGUGUCGCAGGAACAGGACGAGCUUACGCAGCGACUGGCGCGGCUGCGACAGGCCGAGUAACGCAAAACAAUAUAAUUCCAGCUGUACAGAGAUAAUAUAUAUAAUUAUGUAUGUAUAACUUGUUUUUGUUGGUUUGUGUCAGACGUUGUUUGUAAUGUACAGUCCACUGUGAUAGUUUCAGUAAUAUUAAUACUCUCAUUCGUUAAGCAAAAUCGUAAUGGAGAUAGUGGGACCAUAAUUUACUACUAAGCAGUAUUCUCACUAUCCCCAUGGUUCAUGACAAUAUUAUUUGGAUAGUGGUUGGAAAAUCUGUACCUCUCAGGUGAGAUUAUUAACGAAAGCCAGCCCC